AUGUGGUAUCUCGCGGAACACGUGAUGAACAUCCGACGCGGCCGCUUUGCACCCAUGGACAAGAAGCGUCACAAUAGGAAGAUUAUGAAAGAGACGGUUCUAAGAAAAUAUGGAGAAGAAUGGGAAGAAGUGCAAAUAAGGCCGAUCGAGCGCGAAUACGAGUGGAACAUAUUCAUCCGCGAUAAUUACUUGGUUGAAGCAUUUGAAAUACUCGAAAUGUAUUGUGAUUUUCUGCUCGCCAGAUUUGGAUUGAUUGAGCAAAUGAAAACACUUGAUGAUGGUAUCGCUGAAGCCGUCAUCAGCAUUAUAUGGGCAGCCCCACGACUUGCCAAUGACAUCCAAGAAUUCAAGACCAUAAGCGAUCAACUGACGAUCAAGUACGGAAAACCAUUCGCUGAGGCAGCUAGAGCAGAUCAGUUGGAGUCCCCUGCUAAAGUUUCUCCCAAACUUAUCAGCAAACUGAGCGUAGCUGCACCGCCAAAAGUGAUGGUAGAAAGGUAA